UUGGAAAAAAAAAAUAUUCCCCAAAAUGUUAUCCUUCACCCCAUCCAUCUCCUUCAUGAAAACCUUUGUAUUUCACCCCAUCAUAUCUCAUGCUACACCAUUUUGGCUUCAUCUUUGUUAUUUCCUCGUCGUUUCGUUAUCCGGGUACAUAGCUUUGAAGGUCACAAAUCCAAGAACCACCAAUAUUAAUGGCAACAACACUACUACUAAGCUUUACAAUCUUGAUUUAUAUUUCACAUCAGUUUCAGCAACAACCAACUCAAGCAUGGCAACACUUGAAAUGGAAGUGUUCUCUAACACCCAACUCAUUUUCAUGACCUUUCUAAUGCUCGUUGGUGGCGAAGUCUUCACCUCCAUGCUCGGUCUCCAUCUCCGUAGUAAAACCCUAAAAAAGAUUGACAACAAUUCCAUUGAAGAUGAUGAUGAUGAUGAUGAUACAAUAAAGUGUUACAACAAGUGUACCAAAUAUUUAGGGUAUGUAGUCCUAGGAUACCUCAUAAUAAUACACACACUAGGGUCAACUUUGGUAACCUUAUACAUGAUCAUGACCCCAAGUGCACAUAAUGUCCUUAAAAGCAAAGGACUUGUCCUAAACACUUUCUCCAUAUUUACCAUAGUUUCAACUUUUUCGAGUUGUGGUUAUCUCCCUACAAAUGAGAACAUGAUCAUUUUUAGGAGAAAUCCCGGUCUCCUUUUGAUUGUACUCCCUUUCGUCUUCUUAGGAAACACAUUGUAUCCCCCAAUGUUAAGGGUUUUUAUAUGGGUUUUAGAGAGGUUUACUAAGAGAACAGAGUUUUCUUACAUGUUGAACCAUAACAAAGAGAUCGGGUAUUGUCACUUGUUCUCUAGUAAAGAGUGUUGGUGUAUUACCGCCACCGUGAUCGCGUUUUUGGGUUUACAAGUUGUGGUUUUUGUUGGUAUGGAAUGGAGGUCUGGAGUUAUGGAAGGGAUGAACUCGUACCAGAAGUUUGUAGGAUCGUUGUUUCAAUCAGCGAAUACACGCCAUGCUGGGGAAUAUAUUGUUGAUCUCUCUCUAGUUUCUUCUGCUGUCUUGGUUUUAUUCACCCUCAUGAUGUUUCUUCCACCAUACACUUCAUUUAUUCCAAUCAGCCAUGAACAAGAAGACGCACCACAAACAAUAAUAAGGAUAAAAAAGCAGAAGAAGAUGAGAGAGAAUAUAUUGUUUUCCCAAUUAUCUUACUUGGUGAUCUUUGUGAUUGUUAUAUGCAUCACCGAAAGGAAAAGUUUGACGGAUGACCCUCUCAACUUCAACGUUCUAAACAUUGUCUUUGAAGUCAUAAGUGCCUAUGGUAAUGUGGGUUUGUCAACGGGCUACAGUUGUAAACGACAGUUAAAUACAGAUGAACAUUGCGAGGACAAAAUGUAUGGGUUUUGUGGGCGAUGGAGUAGUGCUGGAAAAUGUGUUCUUAUUCUAGUCAUGUUUUUCGGUAGACUCAAAAGAUUCAACUUGCAUGGUGGAAAAGCUUGGAAAAUGCUUUGACUUUUCUUGUUACAAGAAGUCUCCCUCCGGUUCGUUUCGAUGGUUACACUUUGCUUUUCACAAAAACCAAGGUAAUGAUUGAAAGCAAGAAAAAGAAAGUAGAUUGUUGUAAGAAAAUAUAAUGAAGUAACGUAUAUGGUGGAAUGUGUUGGAAGUUCUAAGUUAUGUCAAAGAAAGGAAAACUGGUUUUGACACACCCCAUCAUUGAUUUUGGCACACCACCUUGUGAAUAGACCACAAAAACUGUGCUCUCACAGUGGGUGUGCUAAACUCAAUUUUUGGUGUGCCAAAAUUAGUUCACCAAAGAAAGCCACCCACAAAUAAAGAGAAAGUGGAAAAAGUGAGGAAAAUUGUUUAUUCCAUGCAUAUUAAACAAUCAUUUAAUUUCCUUUUUUGUAUAUUGGAGUGUGAGAGUACUUGUUUAAAGAGCGGAAAUAAUGUCUUGUCGAACACACACGCGUGUACGGGACUGUCUGGUUUUGUCUCGAUAUGAGGGGAAUUGCACGACUUGUGGGCUUUUGUGUUUAUUAUUAGUACCCGUCAUUUAUUCUCUCCUCGUAACUCUUCCUUUUAAUUGUUUCUUUUUGCAAACUUGGUUAUAUUAAUCAACGUUUUUUAUCAGGGAAAAAAAACACCACAACGCAUAAAACCUCUGAAACUUUUCAUUUUCUCUUGCACACAUACAAUUUUAUUGGGAAAAUAUUUUGGUCUUCAAUCGAGGCUUGUGAGUGCAUACAAGGCUUAGUGUCAUGAUAAUCUUGUAGUGCGUGAUUUAACUGCACCAGGGUAAUGUGAAAUCGUCUUUUGGGCAAAGA